AUGGAGCAGCAACGGAACACAAGGAAAAAGACGCACGGACAGGAAGGCCUGGGUAGAAGAGCCCUCACAGGGGAUAAGUCAAAUCCAGCCAAGCCAGCGCCAGCCCAGCAGGACCCUCUUGACACAACGUGGACCUUGUGCGAUGAAGAUGGGCACCAGGAGACUAGCCACCAGGCUGAUGAAGAGAAUUCCUUCUCUGACUGUUACACAGAGUGCAUACUAAGAGGUGAGUUUUCCGAACCCAUCCUGGAAGAGGACAUACUUCUUAAGUGUUUCAACAAUCCAAAAGAAGGAUCAGAACAAGAGCUUUCUCAGCAGGUUCUUUCCGCAAGCUCACUUCUGGAAUGUUCCUUGCAACGCACGGAAAAAGAGGCAAAACAAGAGCUUCCUCCACAAAUGGCUGGAGAGAGUUCACUUGCUGAGCAUUCUGAGUGCACGACAGGCAAGAAGCUUCCUCCUCAAGGAAUACGCAGCACUAACUCAUUGGACCCUAAACAGGUCGCAGAAUUUGCUGGAAAUAAGCCCAGCAAAAAAAAAGAAUAUGCUGCUCCAGGAAAAAAUGUUUGUCCUCACAGUGGAUGCGCAAGACAGUUCAAGAGAAGAGAUUCCCUGAGAAAGCAUAUCCGUGUUCAUGGUCCCCGAGAUCACAUGUGUGCAGAAUGUGGGAAAGCAUUCCAUGAGAGCUCAAAACUGAAAAGACAUUUCCUGGUUCACACUGGAGAG